CUAUCAUUAAUUAGCCAUGUGGACAAUUUGAGUGGCAGUGAACCAUCGGCCCAGUCAUCACAAACCCCGCUCGUCCUCUACCCUCAAGCCGCCACCAUGGCCGUCGGAAAGAACAAGGGGCUCAACAAAUCCGGCAAAAAGGGAUCCAAGAAGAAGGUCAUUGACCCCUUCACCCGCAAGGACUGGUAUGAUGUGAAGUCCCCCGCGCUCUUCUUCAACCGCAAUGUCGGCAAAACUCUGGUCAACCGCACGCAGGGAACCAAGAUCGCCUCGGAGGGCCUGAAGAACCGUGUGUUUGAGGUGUCGCUGGCUGACCUGCAGAACGAGACUGAUGCCGAGAGGAGUUUCCGCAAGUUCCGCCUGAUUGCCGAGGAGGUGCAGGGCAAGAACGUGCUGUGCAACUUCCACGGCUUCAACCUCACCACUGACAAACUGCGCUCCAUGGUCAAGAAGUGGCAGACCUGCAUCGAGGCCAACGCAGACGUCAAGACCACCGACGGCUACAUUCUGCGCGUGUUCUGCAUCGGCUUCACGGAGAAAGUGUCGAGCCAAACCCGCAAGACAGCCUACGCACAGCACACACAGGUCAAGAACAUCCGCAAGAAGAUGGUGGAUAUCAUCACCCGCGCCGUGGCCAGCAGUGAACUGAAGGAGGUUGUCAACAAGCUCAUCCCCGACUCCAUGGCUGAUGACAUUCGUAAGGCGUGCAAUCUUAUCUACCCACUGAAGGAGGUGCACAUUCGUAAGGUGAAGGUGCUGAAGAAGCCUCGUUUUGACCUGGGCAAGCUGCUGGAGAUGCACGGCGAGAGUGGCAAGUCCACCACCGCCACUGAGGAUGUCGGCUCCAAGGUGGACCGCCCUGACAACUAUGAACCUCCUGUACAGACUAAGGUCUAAAUAAAUGUGAUCGAUUGUGA